AUAUGAUCUAAUUCUCUUAAUUUAUAUGUAUCUGGAUUUCCUGUUUAUGUACUUGGAAUAGCAGAUAAGUGGUUUUGCUUCAUUGAUGGCUGGGUGGCCGUGGUGGGCUGCUGGUGCAGUGCUGCUGGUUGUCUCCCUAGGAUUUAACUGCUGCUCUGCCAUCAUCUUGGCACUCAUUGCCUUCUUUGCUGGAUGCAUAGUGUCAGUGCGGUGGUGUUUUCUUGUUGAGUCGGAAGGCUGGUGGUGCGCUGUGCAUCGUUCACAUGUCCGCCCUUUGCUGUGCCAUGCUGGCAUCAAGGUUGCAAGCUCCAUGUCCGAGGACAAUGGCAGGACUCUGGACAUACAAGACCGGCGCAUUACAGGCUCUCCUGUCAUCGAUGAGCAGAUCCAGCAGGUCCUGUCAUAUAUAUUCCGUGACUUCAUCUACCCAUGGUACGGCCGCCUAUCUUCAAGUCCUGGCUUCACCAACCAACUUCAUCACUCACUGCAUCAGUGUCUGUUGGUGCUGGCAAACAGGUGUAAAAACGCUGACUGGGCGACGUACCUGACGACACGUCUUGUGGACGACGUAGCAGGGCACUUACGUCUGUUCAGAGAGGCACGUCAGGCCGUGCAGGCGCGUCAACAAAGCCACGACCUCGUCACGGCCUUCUUCGACAAGGAGGCCGAGCGCGAGCGCGACAUUUGUCGGGACAACGUCUGCCUCAAGGAGGACGCCGAGAAGGAUUACCUCAGUGACCUGCUGGAGAUCGUGGUGUAUUUCCUGCUGCCGCCCGACGAGUUCUCCAACGCGCCCCUCAAAGCCAUCGUCAUCGAGCUGCUCGCUUCGUCCGUUCUUCGUCCUCUGAUCCGCACGCUGUCUGAUCCUGACCAGAUCAACAGGAUGAUCGUCUGGGCGUGCACGGACAUCCCCAUCAGCACGGAGAUGUUCGUGAACGUCAUCAAAAUGACAGCGCAGAUCGAGGAGCUCGACGCCAUCCGCACUUUAGUGUGUCGUGAGCUGACACACUUACGGUCCCAGGACUCGGGCGGGCGGGAGGAGGGCACUGAAGUCAAGCAGCAGAUCAACAGCCUCGACUUUCUUCGUAAAAAUAUUGAUGCCAGAAUCAACAGGCUUGAUAAGGGAGCUGACACUGACUCCAUGGGAUUGUCCGUUAAUUACGAGGUGUCUGAGGCGCGAGGGAAGCUCUUCCAGUUGCCGUUGGAUGCCAUCUUGAAAAAUUCCCUCACACUUGACCACUUCUUGAACUACCUUGCGUCUGUAGGAUACCAUCACUACCUCAACCUCUACCUCAACAUAGAGUGCUGGCGCACGACGGUGAGCGAGCGCUUCUGCGCCCUGGAGCUGGACCGUCUCCAGCACCUGGAGUCCUCAGAUACUACCACCACCAUGCCCCCCAGCAGGAGCAGUGUGAGCAGCUUACCAGGACUCUGCCACGACCACUUCAGCGCACACGACCUGGCGCCUCAUAAAGUCGAGGCUGAAGUCAUGUAUGAACAAUACCUCAGUGAGAAGGCCAAUCCACGGGUUGUUAUCGACGACAGCAUCGUGAAGCGCCUGAUCCUGCGGCUGCGCUCUGAGCACGUCACGGAGACCUGGUUUGACGAGGUGCAACAGGCGCUCGUCAACACCAUGAUGGAGAACGACCUCUUCCUGCCGGGCUUCAGAAGGUCGGUGUGGUAUGUGCGGCUGCUGGCAGAGCUGGACUUGCUGAGGGACACGUCGCGGUCUGACGACGACGACUCGCAGGACGACGCCAGCCUCGCCUCGUCUGAGCAGAACGGAGGUGGGGGAUCACGUGCGUCCUCCCACACAGGCUCCCCCGCGCCCUCACUUCACGCCUCCCCCGGCCACACGAGGACGCCUUCCCUCUCCGCCCGCCCCUAUACCCUCAGCGCUGCCAUCACUGCCGCAGAAGUGGUACGUGAAGGCACCAGAAGUCACGCUGUGUACCAGGUUCGCGUGGUCCACAGAGAUCCCUCAGGCAAGGAGGAACUAUGGCACGUCUUCCGGCGCUACUCGGACUUCCAUGAUUUCCAUUUAGCCAUAUCCUCUAAAUUCCUGGAUUUAGGAUCCCUAUCCUUCCCUAGCAAGAAAAUGCUCAAUAAUUUAGCAGCUUGGUUCCUAGAAAAACGAAGGACUGAAUUAAAUGAAUGGCUUAGCGCCAUCGUGUCGCCUCCGUCGCUGCAGAGCCAUCCUGGGCUGCAGGAUCUCAUGCUUAGGUUCCUUGACCACACGCCGUACCACCAGCAAUACACGCUCGCCAAGAGGGUGAGUCAAGUGGGUCAUGUUGAGGAAGGGUUAGGCGGUCUCCGGGUGGCAGUUCGUGCCAUGCCAGACACGGUAUUCAACACUGUUGAUGGCAUGGUUGAUGGCGCGAGAAGAUUCAUCAACAAACCGACAUCAGCUGUACCUGCUGACGUGCCUACAUCCUUGAGGUGUCAGCCAUCAGAGCUGCUGACACGAGGAAGUGUUGAUUUAGAAGCUGACGACAACAUUCCUCUACGGAUAUUGUUGUUACUCAUGGACGAAGUAUUCGAACUCCGCAGCAAAGACCAGUGGUUUAGAAGACGCAUCGUGCUUUUCCUGAGACAAAUACUGAAGGCAAUGUUCGGGGAUAUUGUUAACCGUCGUAUAAUAGACUUUGUAGGAUAUAUCACCUCACCUGAACAAGUUGCUGAUUAUAUUAAAGCCUUCAAAGACUCGGUGUGGCCCCAUGGGGAGCUGGCCCCGCCGUCCGCGCCACGGGACCGCGACACGCAACUUCUCACGCAGGUGUCAGCACGGCUCUGUCUGCUGUCAAGUAUCAGCGAUGAGCUGCGUGCACUGCUAGGGUCGCAGACGUCAGGACGUGGCGUGUUGAGCGUGUACGAGUGCGUGCAGUGGCGCGUGUUUAACACGCGUCUGCUGCACGUGUUGCUGCAGGGGCUUAUUGAGACCGUGUUGCAGCCGUAUAGGCAGGCUGCUCCACUUAUACGGUGUGUAUAUUGA